UAAGCGUGCGCCCUGACGUCAUGCGCCGGGGAGAGGUGACGCGGCGUUUUCCCCCUCCUCCGUUGUCUGUCGUAGCCCUGCCCUCUCCUCCCGACGCCGGUUGAUGACGCCUUUGGGCGGCGCCGGCAGCCGCGGCGGCUCCUGAGGAAAGGAGGCGGCGGCGGGAGCCGAGGCGAGAGAAAGAGCGAGAGAGGCCUCCCCUCUUCCGCCUCUCUCCGCGGCACCCCGCGCUCGGCGUCGCUGCGGGACACGCCACAGUGGAAUCAUGAAGGAAACGUUUCAAGAUGAGAAAUAUUGGGGGGGACCAUCCCCUGGCCUCCGGGACUCCAUAGGGCAUCAGGACAAGCCGUGCCGACCUUCCCAGGAGUGGGGUGAACCAGAGCGCAAGCAUGGUGGCUGCUUUGAGGCAAACCGCCGCUUGGCCUACACCAAGAAGCAGCCUCCGGGCUUCAGCCCUUUGUCCUCUGGCAGUGAAGAGGAUGAGGAAGUGGAAGGGAAGUGGAAUCUCCCCUGCAUGUCCGGCUGGGAGAUGGCCGGGGUGGGUGUGUCUGACCCAGCUCGGAACAAAGCCAGCAGAGGGAAGGUGGCCAGGAGUGGGGGACGUGCGUGGCCCUUUGACGUAGCAGCAGGCUCUAAUUCCAGAGGGCGCCCGCAGCUUCUGGGGACCUCAAGAUUGCGCUGCUUCCGCCGCCGGCGCCAGCGCGCCUUACGGGCCUUCCGAAUGCUCCUAUAUACAAAGAGCUCUUCCCUGGCUUUCCAUUGGAAGCUGUGGGGCAAGAUGGCCUCCAAGGGGCGCCGGCGAGGGGGAACAAAGAGAGCCCGGUCGUCCCUCUCCCUUUCCCCGGGCUCCCAGCCGGACGAGGAUCACCUGCCUCUCUACAAGAAAAACUACCCCUUAGGGGGGGAGGACUGCCAAGGGGGAGGCAGGCGCAGGCCCCGCCCUGCCCGCUCCAAGCCCCGCCCCUCUGCGCCCCACCUGGACUACGAAUUGGAUGGAACCUUUCCCCCCUCGUCAUCCUCUCCUCCGGCCUCUCGCCUCAGUCUGUUAGGAGCCCUGAUGGAUGACGCUUCCCCCUACCCUCAGUAUGUGGAGUUGCAGAGGGUCAGUUUUGAUAAGGACCCCGGAGCUAUGGAGCUGGAUGAGGACGCGGUCGCCAUGCUCAAGUACCCCAGCGCGGGAGCCCAAGCCUCCCCCAGGACUAGGAAAGGUGGAGAAGCAGAGCACAGCCUGGAUGGAGACGGAGGCCUCAUGGACGCUCUUCCCAACGGCUUUGCCUCCCUCACUUCUGACGGUGACCUCUGCUCCCUCCCCGGAGUUACAGAUGCCACCAUCCUCAUCAGCAAUGUCUGCAGCAUUGGAGGCCAUGUGGCCGAGGAACUCUUCCGAGGGCCCCGAGACAAGGACAGGCCGCUGGAUCCUCCCGGAAUCAGGCUUGAAGCAGGGGGCCAGCAGAUGGAGUUGGCCACUGAGGGCAACCAAGAGAGGCCUGGGGAGAAAGCGGCCCAGCACAGCCCACUGAGGGAAGAACACAUAACAUGUGUGCACAACAUCUUGGAUGAAUUCCUGCAGACAUACGGCAGCCUCAUUCCCAUCAGCGUGGACGAGGUUGUGGAGAAGCUCGAGGACAUCUUUCAGCAGGAAUUUUCCACGCCUCAGAGGAAAGGCAUGGUGAACCAGCUGAUGCAAUCCUACCAGCGCAUGCCAGGCAACGCCAUGGUCCGGACCUUCCGGGUCACGUACAAGCGCCACGUGGUCACCAUGGAUGACUUGCAGACGCUCUAUGGGCCUAAUUGGCUCAAUGACCAGGUAAUGAACAUGUAUGGGGAUCUCGUCAUGGACACGGUGCCAGACAAGGUUCAUUUCUUCAACAGUUUUUUCUACGAUAAGCUACGAACCAAGGGGUACGAGGGAGUCAAGCGCUGGACCAAAAAUGUGGACAUCUUCAACAAGGACCUGCUGCUUAUCCCAAUCCACCUGGAGGUCCACUGGUCUCUCGUCUGCGUGGAGGUGAAGCGGAAGAAGAUCACAUACCUGGACUCCCAGCGCACCCUCAACCGGCGCUGCCCCAAGCACAUCUGCAGAUACCUGCAGGCUGAGGCAGAGAAGAAGAACCGCCCAGACUUCCGAGACGGGUGGCAAGGGGUUUUCCAGAUGAACAUUGCCAGGCAAAACAACGACAGCGACUGUGGCGCUUUCGUCUUGCAGUAUUCCAAAUUCCUGGCUCUGGGGCUUCCCUUCACUUUCACUCAGCAAGACAUGCCGAAACUCCGCCGACAGAUGUACAAGGAGUUGUGCCACUGCAAGCUCACUGCGUGACGAGCCCCUCCACAGACACACACACACACACACUCUGACACCCAGACCUGGACGGACACACUAACCCCCCUUCCCCACUUGGGAGCAGCAACCCCAGCAAGCCGUUCCUCGCCCUGCCAGGGCGCAGGUUCAAAUGAUUUGGGACGUAUCCAAGAGGGAACUUAGGUCACUGGAACUCUUGAGGUUUGACAACCAGACUCAUUUGGGGGGGGGUAUUUUUACCCGAGUGACCCCCUCUUUUUUCCCCUCUUGCUGGUCUCUCUCUUGUUUUGUUCUUAUUUAAACCCAACCUAGGGCUGACCUUGUUCUGUUGGGGAAAUUGGGUGGGUCUGAGGGUGGGGUGGGUUUAUAUGCCUAACGUGCCCUCUACACAUGUUCCACUCCAGAUCUGAGGGAGAGGAUGGAGUCCUAAAAUGGGAGGGAGAGGUGGCGGGGAGGGAGGCAGGGGCAUCCGUCGUGUCCCCCAACUUUUCCCUCUACUUUUCCCUCCCUGUUGGUUACUUGUGUUAGUGGAUAAUGUAUGUUUUCUUCUUUUUUUUCCCCAAGUGGGGGUGAGUUGGAAAAGGGGAAGAAGGGGCUGUGAUGGGUGGG